AUGAAGGUUCAGAUGAUGAUGGAGGCAGUUUUCAGUGAGGACCUUCACUCCAGCCUCUACUUUGUCAAUGCAUCUCUGCAAGAGGUAGUGUUUGCGAGCACCACGGGGACCCUGGUGCCCUGCCCUGCUGCAGGCAUCCCUCCUGUGUCUCUCAGAUGGUACCUAGCAACGGGCGAGGAGAUCUACGAUGUCCCCGGGAUCCGCCACGUCCACCCCAACGGCACUCUCCAAAUUUUCCCCUUCCCUCCUUCAAGCUUUAGUACCUUAAUCCAUGAUAAUACUUACUAUUGCACAGCUGAAAAUCCUUCAGGGAAAAUUAGAAGUCAGGAUGUCCACAUCAAGGCUGUUUUACGGGAGCCCUAUACAGUCCGUGUGGAGGACCAGAAAACCAUGAGAGGCAAUGUUGCGGUCUUCAAGUGCAUUAUCCCCUCCUCGGUGGAGGCGUACGUCACCGUGGUCUCAUGGGAGAAAGACACCGUGGUACUCAUCUCAGGAUCUAGAUUUCUCAUCACAUCCACGGGAGCCUUGUAUAUUAAAGAUGUACAGAAUGAAGAUGGGUUGUAUAACUACCGCUGUAUCACACGGCAUAGAUACACCGGGGAGACCAGGCAGAGUAACAGCGCUAGACUGUUUGUAUCAGACCCAGCGAACUCAGCCCCAUCCAUACUGGAUGGGUUUGAUCAUCGCAAAGCCAUGGCAGGGCAGCGUGUGGAGUUGCCUUGCAAAGCGCUUGGGCAUCCUGAGCCAGAUUAUCGCUGGCUGAAGGACAACAUGCCCCUGGAACUUUCUGGAAGGUUUCAGAAGACCGUGACAGGGCUGCUCAUUGAGAACACUCGUCCUUCAGACUCAGGCAGCUAUGUGUGUGAAGUUUCCAACAGAUACGGAACUGCUAAGGUGAUAGGCCGCCUGUACGUGAAACAGCCACUGAAAGCUACCAUCAGCCCCAGGAAAGUUAAAAGCAGCGUGGGUAGCCAGGUUUCCUUGUCCUGCAGCGUGACAGGCAGUGAGGACCAGGAACUCUCCUGGUACCGAAACGGUGAAAUCCUCAACCCUGGAAAAAAUGUGAGGAUCACAGGGAUCAACCACGAAAACCUUAUAAUGGAUCACAUGGUCAAAAGUGACGGGGGCGCAUACCAGUGCUUUGUGCGCAAGGAUAAGCUGUCCGCUCAAGACUAUGUGCAGGUGGUCCUUGAAGACGGAACUCCCAAAAUUAUUUCUGCCUUUAGUGAAAAAGUGGUGAGUCCAGCAGAACCAGUCUCCCUCAUGUGCAACGUCAAGGGAACUCCGUUGCCCACCAUCACGUGGACCCUGGACGACGACCCGAUCCUCAAGGGUGGCAGUCACCGCAUCAGCCAGAUGAUCACGUCGGAGGGAAACGUGGUCAGCUACCUGAACAUCUCCAGCUCUCAGGUCCGGGAUGGGGGAGUCUACCGCUGCACUGCCAACAAUUCGGCGGGAGUCGUCCUGUACCAGGCUCGAAUAAACGUAAGAGGGCCUGCAAGCAUUCGGCCAAUGAAAAAUAUCACAGCCAUCGCAGGACGGGACACGUACAUCCACUGCCGCGUGAUUGGCUAUCCGUAUUACUCCAUCAAAUGGUACAAGAACUCUAAUCUGCUUCCUUUCAACCACCGCCAAGUGGCGUUUGAGAACAACGGCACUCUAAAACUCUCAGAUGUGCAAAAGGAAGUAGAUGAGGGAGAGUACACGUGCAACGUGCUGGUUCAACCGCAGCUCUCCACCAGCCAGAGUGUCCACGUGACGGUCAAAGUUCCACCUUUCAUCCAACCUUUUGAGUUUCCAAGAUUCUCCAUUGGACAGCGGGUCUUUAUCCCAUGUGUUGUGGUCUCAGGGGACUUACCCAUCACGAUCACUUGGCAGAAGGACGGCCGGCCAAUCCCAGCGAGCCUCGGGGUGACCAUCGACAACAUUGACUUCACAAGCUCCUUGCGGAUUUCCAAUCUUUCCCUCAUGCACAACGGGAACUAUACCUGCAUAGCCCGGAAUGAGGCAGCAGCUGUGGAACACCAAAGCCAGCUGAUCGUGAGAGUUCCUCCGAAAUUUGUGGUUCAGCCACGGGACCAGGACGGGAUUUAUGGCAAGGCUGUCAUCCUCAAUUGCUCAGCUGAGGGCUAUCCUGUACCCACCAUAGUGUGGAAAUUCUCUAAAGGUGCUGGGGUUCCCCAGUUCCAACCAAUCGCCCUGAAUGGCCGAAUUCAGGUUCUAAGCAACGGGUCCUUAUUGAUCAAGCACGUCGUGGAGGAAGACAGCGGCUACUACCUGUGCAAGGUCAGCAACGAUGUGGGUGCAGACGUCAGCAAGUCCAUGUACCUCACGGUGAAAAUUCCUGCGAUGAUAACGUCCUAUCCAAAUACGACCCUAGCCACUCAGGGUCAAAAGAAGGAAAUGAGCUGUGCAGCCCAUGGCGAGAAGCCCAUCAUCGUCCGCUGGGAGAAGGAGGACCGUAUCAUUAACCCCGAGAUGGCCCGUUACCUUGUGUCCACCAAGGAGGUGGGAGAGGAAGUGAUCUCAACGCUGCAGAUUUUGCCAACUGUUAGAGAAGAUUCUGGCUUCUUCUCCUGUCAUGCUAUCAAUUCUUAUGGGGAGGACCGUGGAAUAAUUCAGCUCACAGUGCAAGAGCCCCCAGACCCUCCCGAAAUUGAGAUCAAAGACGUGAAAGCUCGCACAAUCACCCUCAGGUGGACCAUGGGGUUUGACGGCAACAGCCCCAUCACGGGCUACGAUAUUGAGUGCAAAAAUAAAUCAGGGCCCCCUCCUUUCUCUCCGGGCCCCGGGCUUGCUCCCUGCCCGCCAUCCUGGCGUUCUUGCCACCAGCCGGCAGGGGGGCAGCUACGGACAGCACCUGGCCACUGA